GGCUGCUACCAUAGAAGAAGAAUGUAGACCAAUAGUACUUUAACGAUUUCCGCUGAUCGUUUCCGUGUAAAUCUUAGCAUUGCGUUAGCCGUCAAGCUAAAAGUUUAGCUUCAUACAGCCAUAUUUUCAGAGUAACAAAAUAUUUAAACGGUCUCAGAUCAUGGACAGUGAAGUGUCUGACACUGACCAUGUACCAGUGCCUGAGAACACUGGUAUGGAGGGGGAGAACGCACCUCUUUACUGUAUUUGUCGGAAACCAGACAUCAAUUGCUUCAUGAUGAACUGGAAAUGCAGGCACGGCUUCACGGCCUCUCAUCCUCCAACAACAUUUCUGCUCUGAGCUCCGACCCCUCCCUGCUCCAGCAGCAGUCCACAGUUCCACAGAGCAGCCAGUCUCUGGCUCCCAACACGGGAGGAGCCUCCAACCAGAACCUCCUCGGUCCGGUAGCCAUUGGACAACCUUUGCCUGCCUCCUUCCUGUCCCCACCCUCCUCAGACUCUCCCGCCGGACUCACCAUAAGUAGUCCGCUGGACCUGGGCAGCCUGAGCUUUGCUGAGCUCGAUGACCCCCCGGCCUCCGCCCUCUACUCCGAUAUGGGUUUGGGAGACAUACUUAUGGAUGACGGGUGCACUCUGUCUCCAGAGAGGAUUGGCGAGCCGCUGUUUUCUCCUUUGUCACCGGGUGCCUCUAAAACCAGCAGUCGCAGGAGCAGCCUUGAGAUGGACGAGGACUUGUGAUGAUUUGCCUGUGGUCAGAGACUCUGUAGAGACAAGAAUGUCGGGAAGUGCAGUUUAUCCUUAAAUAACUAUAGCUAUUUAUAGAACUGCACAAUUGAACUUUAAAUAGUCAAAUUUAACUAUAAUUAUGAACAAAACUAACACCAGAAGACAGCAAAUUUUAAUUUUUCUUUGUUUGUUUGUUUGUUUGUUUUUUGCUAUACAAAUUCAUUAUUAUUGUUCCUGUUUGGAGCCAGUCAGACAUCAGAUGAUUAUGUCUGAGUUUCUGAAUGCAAUCUUAGUAUAAAAUGCAAUAUUGUACAAUAGGGGCAUGGACCUAGCAUUAAGAAAUAUUACAUUCUUAAAUAGUUGUUAAGAUUUCUUCAGAGAUUUUAAGAGGGAUAUAAGGUUUGCUUGAAUUUAUUAUAUGCAUAUUUGUAGGGAAGAAAGCUGUGAGGUUUCUUUUUCGUGACAGGACAUGUUUGGCACAACUAACUUGUCAAGAGAUGCCAAUAUAUAGCAUAUAUUUUGUGUGUGUGUGUGUGUGUUUGUUUUUUGUUUUUCUUCAAACUGACUGGAAUCAGGGUUUGUUAAAAGCAGUUGCAUGCUCCUGCGUGUUGGGUUGUAUCACCAGCAACUACAGAAGGGAUCUCUGUAAAAAAGUGAAUUGGCAUAUUGUGUAGUAGUUACAGCACAUUGUAAAUAAGAGUCUUUUAUUUUGA